AUGUCUUCUGAUGAAUGUGAAAUGACUUGCCGCUGUUGUCUGGGAAAUAAUGGAACAACUGAUCUAUUCCUUACCAUUCACGCAGAUUUCCUUUUAUGUGAUUUGUAUUCUACACUCUCUCAACUAGAAUUGAAUGAAGAUGAUGGUUUGCCAAAAAUGCUAUGUUCCAACUGUACUAACCUUGUUAUACAAUUCAAUGCCUUUAGAAAACAAGCCCAAGAAUCAGAAACAUAUCUGAGAAAUGCUUUAUUGAAUUCUAUGAAGGAAGGUGAUGAAUUCAUAGCUGAAGCUCAGUCAAGGGACAAUGAUGUAAAAACUGGGAAUAAUGAUAUAAUUCUUGAGAAUAAUGAUAUAAUUCUUGAGAAUAAUGAUAUAACUGGGCAUGAUGAUAUAACUGAAAAUGAUGAUAUAAAUCAAUUUCUUCAGGAAGUAAUUACCAUUGAGUCAGAUACAGAAAGUUCAUGUGAAAAAACAAUUUGUGGCCUUAAAUUUGACACACAUAGUGCUUACCAGAUCCACAGAAAAAAAGAAGCUAGACAAGAAACAAACAAGAAACAGGUUACAAUCUGCCAGAAACCAAUUGGUUCAUAUGAAUUGAAAGACCAUUUGAAUUUUCAUACAAAUGGAAGACCACAUAAGUGUCAAACUUGUAGUGAAACAUUCAGAUUUAGAUCUAGUUUGACUUGCCAUGAAUUUCAACACACUGGAAAGAAACCCCAUUUCUGUCAUAUUUGUGGAAUGAGUUUUGUUCAAGCUAGUACACUUACAGGUCACAUGCACACUCACUAUGGAGAGAUUGGUGAGAAACCAUUCAUGUGUAAUAUUUGUGGAAGAGGAUUUGUGGAAAAUCUUGAACUUGAUAACCAUAUUAAUAAAGUGCACACAAUGAAAAAUGGAGAUGGAAUUAUCAAUUCAAGUGAUUUACAAUGCAUGGAAUGCAAUAAAGCAUUUUCUUCCAAAUCAGGAUUGAAUCAACACAAGAAAACUCACUGUGAAAGAAAGUUUUUAUGUGGUGAAUGUGGCAAAAAAUUCACCACAAAAACUCUGCUGUCUUCUCACCUGAAAACACACUCUGGGGUUAGGCCUUAUCCAUGUCAUGUUUGUGGUAAAUCCUUUGCUCAGUCAAGCAGCCUUGAUAAACAUAUUCUUGUCCAUACAGGGGAGAAACCUGUUUUAUGCAUCCUAUGUGGAAAAAGAUUUGCACAGCAGAGCCACUUGAUCUACCACAUGAGACGCCACAGUGGAGAGAAGCCCUACAGGUGCACUUAUUGUGAUAAGAUGUUCAGUCACUCAGGAACCCUCAAAGUGCACACUAGAAUCCAUACUGGGGAGAAGCCAUUUGUUUGUCAUAUUUGUUCAAGAGGAUUCUAUGAUUCAAGCAGCAUGAAGAAACAUAUAGUUAAAGUACAUGCUGCAGAAGUUGAUAAUAUUGAAAUAGAAAUUAUGGAAUGA